UCUCUCUCUCUCUCUCUCUCUCUCUCUGUCUCUGCUCACCUGCAAACGCAAAGUCAUGAAACCACAGCCUGCCAUUUAAUUUUCAGGUGGUUUGGCAGAUCUAUCUAACACUCUACCUCUACUUUCCUCUUCAAUCUUAUAUAAAUCAUGGAAUCUCCAUAACCAUUAACAUUUAUACCUAUUACAUAUAUAUAUAUAUAUAUAUCUGCACACCAUUACAUACAAGCUUCCUAGUUUCUAGCUAGUAUUCAGAUCAUAAGUUUCAUUUGGUAGCGGCGGCGGCGGUAAUACUGUUGCUACAUAUAUAUAUAUGGGGAAUUGCCAGGCGGCGGAGGCGGCGACAGUGGUGAUUCACCAUCCCGGCAGCAACAAGGUCGACAGGAUUUACUGGUCGGUAAGUGCCAACGAGAUCAUGAACUCUAACCCCGGCCACUACGUCGCUCUGGUGGUCCCUUCUCCGGCAGCGAAGGCGGAUAAUGGCUCCGCGGCGGUGAAGCAGCUCAAACUUCUCCGGCCAGAUGACACUUUGAUUAUGGGGCAAGUUUAUCGGCUCAUCAGCUUUGAAGAUGUAUUGAAAGAGUUUGCUGCGAAAAAGUGCGUCAAGUUGGGGAAGUUGUUGAAGGAGAGAGGAGCUUUCAACGUGGAGCAGAAGCAAAAUCAGGGUGGUCUGGAGUCCAGUUCCAGUGUACAAUCUGUUUCGGUUAAGGAGAUGCACCACCCUGGAGUUGGCAGUACUGGAAGAGGAAGCAGAGGCGACGGAAGGCAUCAUGGUGGUGGCGGGCAAUGGAGACCGGCGUUACAGAGCAUUUCAGAGCUUGGAGCUUCAACAUAAAAUCAUCACAGAUCAAUCCUUUUUCACUCCUCUACUUGUCUUAUAGUAUCCCUCGGAUGUUUUAUAUGGACCGAGUGUGAAGCAUCAAAUAGGUUGAAAUUAUCUUCAGCCAAAUGUAAUUAUUAUGACUUAAUCUUCACUGUUUGGUAUUUUUACGCUCAAUUUAUAUAAGAAAAGUAUGUUUCCUUUGAUAA